AUGUUACUCUCGGCCUCGGUGAACUCCAUCUCAUCCAUUCCUUCACCUGUGUACCAAUGCAAGAAAGCCUUUCGCCUGAACAUAGCUGUGGUUGCCAUCUUUAGACCCUUGGGUGGGAUGUCACACACGCUGGACUUAACAUUAUUGGGAAUCCACUCAACAAAAUAUGAGGAGUUCUUGUUCUGGACGUUAAUCAUCUGUUCAUCAACUUCUUUGGUGCUCAUCUUAGCACGGAACAUGGCAGACACAGUAAGGUAA